AACAUUUAGAGCCCGCAAAGUUUGCAAAACGUUCAAGUAUCAUGAAAUAUCACAAAAUCAUGAAACAUGUGAACCUCUUUACAAUGGCAAACAGCACCCGCAGCUCCUGGCUCCAGUAGUUGCAGUUUCACAGGAUGCCAGAGCCAUCGUUCUGGCAAUACCUCUCCGGUCAAGUGCCUGAAGAAAUUCGCACUUGGCCAGCUGAAUGUUCCUUACCGGCCUUCCACGAAGUCCAUGAUCUUCUGGAACCUCAGGGUGGGGUGAUUCCGCUGUACAUCUACUUCUUGCUGUUCUUAUGCCAGACCUUCCCCGUUUUUAUUGCUCGCCGCUUGUACACCUGGUGGCGGGGAUCGGCCAGCGAGAAAAAGCGGAAUCCCACUGCGGGCAGCAGGAAACGGAGCUUCAUUGCAUGGUUCCAGGUCUUCAUGGCAGUUUGGUAUGCAGGGAAUGUCACCUACAUCUACAUCGACAUUGCCGUGCAGUUGGCUCGGUGCACGCCAGACGUGGGCGUCGCCACUAUGUUGUUUUACUUGCUGUGCACCAUGCCUGCGUCGGAACUGAUUCGACCAGCCUCUGUGGGUUGGAUGAAGAGUUAUUUUGGAUACAUCAUUCCAUCCCUGGAAGACUUUGAACAAAGUGGCAAGAUAGAAAGACAUCCUCCGCUUCAGGCUUGUUUGCUGGGUUUGACCUUUAUUCCUAUGUUAAUGCUCCUAGGGCUAUUCACCUUGUCUGUUGCGGUGACUUUUGCUGCCUGUGUGUUUGCCUUUAUUGGGUGUGGUAUUAUCGUCAUUGCCUCCGCCUGUUUUUUUGGUUUUCAAGCAGCCGCGGUGUCAAUGUGUCGUUUGACAAAGCCACUGACUCGAUUUGUGGAAUUUGGCGCCAAGCAGACUCCCUCAUUCCUUUUUUGUCCGGCCUUGGUAUACUAUGGCAUCUUCGUGAACCUCCAAAAGGAAUUCCUUGCCAUGGCCAGUGGGUCGGAAUAUAAUGCCGGGGUUCGGAUAGCAAAUGACGAGUUAACCCUCAUCGAAGAGUUUUUCCAGGAAUUUCACUUCCACUGGAGCCCUCUGCAACUUCCAGGUCUUCCACCAGUCUAUUUCGAGUGGCCCUCCUUUGACGGCAGCGUGCCGGAUCUUCAACGGGUUCAUGACGCAGCCUUUUUGACCAUCCUUUUUCUGGAUCCUCUGCUGGCUUGGAUUGCCAAUAUGGCCGACUGGGCCUGCAGUCAUCAUCCCGUAGCGCCAGAGCCGAAGCCUAUGGAGGUGAUGAAACGAAUGGUAGGACCCAGGCAGAAAUGACCUGAUUGCCUCUG